CAGCAGAUUUGGAUCUGCAGCUGAAACACUUUUGUUUGAGCUCCUGUCUGAGAAGCAACAGCGCAAAUCUGGACUAUUUACAACCGCUAAAUAAGCUGCAUCGUCCCUAAAACAAGCGACUGAACCAAACGAGGAGGAAUAAUAAAACAGGAUCACAGUGCAGCCGCUGCAGAGUUUGUUUUCGGAGGAUAAAGGAGACAGCCAUGCCCGUACCGAGGGGAAAGAAAGCCACAGUCUCUGCUGGGAGCAAGAUAACAUUACCCAAGCUAAAUGCAACAACGACUGAGAACCAGGAGGAAGGUCCGCAGGUGAAGAGGUCCUCCUCCCCUCCUCACGGGGCCCCCAAGAAGAGGACUGCUUUUAUCGACAUCACUAAUGCUAGUGGUCCGUGUCUGUCAUGUUGCCGACCCAACGGUGACGUCAGCUUCAGGAACGCUCAUAAGGUUCAGAUCAGCCUUCCGGGGAGGAAGAAGGAAUCUGGGAAGAAGCAGUUGAAGAAAACGAGCUCCACCUCGGCUUCAACGAAGAAUCAUGCCAAUCUGAAAAAGUCUUCGUCUGUGAGCUCAGAAGGGACGCCUGCUGAGAAAGACGAAUGUGACGUACAGGAGGAAAAGGAAGAGGAGGUGCAGAAGAACGUAGUAGCUCCCAUAGAAGAGUGGGUGGCUGCUACGCCCCCUGCUGCCCGAGAAGUGCCAGCACACCUUCAGAAACAAGCGAUCCCAGAGGAGUUUGACAUCGACUCUGGGAACUCGGAGGACUGUUACAUGUGUCCGGAGUAUGCAAAGGACAUCUUCGACUACCUCAAAAAGAGAGAGGAAAAAUUUGUCCUCUGUAACUACAUGCCCCAGCAGCCCAGCCUCAACCCCGAGAUGAGGGCCAUCCUGAUUGACUGGCUGGUUGAAGUACAGGAGAACUUUGAGCUGUACCACGAGACCCUGUACCUGGCCGUGAAAAUGACGGACCACUACCUGUCCAAGACUCCAGUGGACAAGGAGCUGCUGCAGCUCGUUGGCUCCACCGCCAUGCUCAUAGCCUCCAAAUUUGAGGAGCGCAGUCCGCCUUGUGUCGACGACUUUCUUUAUAUUUGCGAUGACGCGUACAAGAGGGAGGAGCUCAUCUCCACAGAGGCCACCAUCCUGCAGACGCUGUCCUUCGACAUCAACAUCCCCAUCCCCUAUCGGUUCCUCAGACGUUAUGCCAAGUGUGUGAGUGCCGGCAUGGACACGCUGACUCUAGCCCGGUACUACUGCGAGAUGAGUCUCAUGGAGAUGGAGCUAGUGACGGAGAGAGGCUCGCUGCUGGCCUCAGCCUGCCUGCUGAUGGCGUUGGUCACCAAAGACCUGGGAGGAUGGUCUCCCAUCCUGCAGUUCCACUCCGGCUAUGAGACGUCAGAUUUGGCGCCCGUUGUCAGGAAGCUCUACGUGAUGCUUUCAGCCCCCGCAGACGAUAAACUCAGAGCCAUCAGAAACAAAUACUCGCACAAGGUGUUUUUCGAGGUUGCGUCCCUGCCGUUGGUCAACAUUGACAUUUUGGAGAAAGCUUUGUCCCAGUGAGAUGUCACCUCAAAACCCCAAAAAUGUCAUCUUGCCAGUUUGUAUAUAAUUUGUUAAUAUGUUAAAUAUUUAUACACAUAGUCUAGUCUUGUCUUUUUAUAUAAUAUUGGAAAUAAAUCUUUAAUGCUAGUUUGUGAAGGAAAAGAGUUUUAAUGUGGGCAAGUUUGCCAGUUUGUUUUCUAGCGUUGGUACACUUUUUUAUUUUUUGGCAUUCAUUAGUAAUUUGUAAGCCUUGUCUGUGUGUGUGCGUACGUUUUUAAGUUAAUGGGUGAGAUUGAGAAGUUGUCAAAUGCUUACUUUUACUGAUAAAUUAUGCACUGGCCCUCAAGUUAUAGGUUUUCAUAUAUCGCUGAAGUUGGCUGGGAUGCCUGUUUGUAUUUUCAAACAUUGUACAGUGUUUAUCAUGUUAAUAUCACCAUCCUAAAUAUUUGUAUAAAAGACGACCGGAUGAUGCUGUGCUAUUUUUAAAUAGCUGUCAUGCGUACUCUUAAAAUAAAGAUGUUUUUUUUUUGUUUGAUAAAAUGGUGGUUCAUCAUUUGAGUUAUAGGAUUGUUUUUAUUAAAUUAAACAAUGUAUCCUUAUGUGGAUGUAACUGUAAGCUGCAUUUAGUAAGAGCAUUUUUUAACCAUUUGUACAGGAUGUGUGAUUAUGUUGUCCUGCCAUUAGAGGUCAGUAAUGCACCAUGUUCCUCCCUGUGUUACAACCUCAGGAACCUCCAGGCUCCGAUACUGCUCUGCAUGGUCUGCCUGGUGUGUCUCAGAGACCAAAUUGAAAUAUUCAUGGCAUGAAAAUCAGUUGCUCUUGAAACUCAUUAGUAGCCGUGUUGGACUACUGUUGAUUCUCUCAUCUAAUAUCCAGUUGAGCUUGCAUGUUUGUUCUUGAUCUUCAGAAAACCCAGCUGUACACAAAAUUCUCAGCUGAAGGACCACUUUGUAGCUUUUCAGUGUUAUAUUCUCUACCUAAUGUGCACUGAGUUUUAAAUGUAAAAGUGGAGUGAAAGCAGCACUUUGUAGUAGCAUCCUAUAGGUCCUCUGUCAGGCACCAUGUGAGAUGUAGGUCACCCGUGUUUUAGAAGCAUAUUCGGCUCUUACAGAUGCUCACACUCAUGAACUGUGGUUUAAUAAGUGUUGAAGAUGAUUUCAUUUCCCCCUAAAGUUCAGUCAGUCCUAAAUUAGACGGUAUGUCAUUCCCACAGUGAAGGUUUUGCCAUUUCAAGUUCAUCGGAUUCAAGUUCAUCAUCGGAUGCGCCCUUUUGAAUUCUUUGUCUUACAUAAAACACUGAAUUGCCUUGUUGAAGUGUGCUGUACAAGUGAACUUGCCUUGCUCUGAUAUCUCGCGAUUAGCAGCUACAUAACCCAUUUUGUUAAAGCUCCCUGAAGGUCUGUACUGUACAUGUCCGAGAUGUGCGGUAGCCUCAAUUUGUGUUUGUUUUCCUUUUUGGUCACAACAAAACACUAGAAUAAUUUUUAUAGCUGAAGGCCACCUUUUGGAUGAAACUGGGCUAUAAGUGAGCUUUCAGGCAAUAUGUGGUACUUCUAAAAGGAUUUCUAGUGACAUUACCUUAGCAGUUCACAUUUGAGAUGGCAGAAUGAGUGAGAAGACAAAGUACGCUCCAGUGUGAAACGGCAUUAAGACAAUCUACUUGCUGGAAGUAAAAUAUACAAAUAUCAGUGCUGCUCCUAAAGCUGCAUUCAGAGCAUGCUGUAAUGAAUGUUUUCACUUAUGCUGUUUCUUUUCCUCUAAGCAUUUUGGAAGCCACUUUUCUGGUUUCUGUACAUGCUAGUGCAGUUUUUCCUGGUCUGCACAGCUAAUAAACUGGUUGAUCUGUCA